AUGUCCCCAGGACCAGGACAUGCAGAGCUGAAGGCCAUGGCUGGGAAGCUGGACUCUGUCCCGAUCGCAGGGGGAGAGGCCUACAUGGCUGGGGACGAGCUGGACCAUCAGCCCGCUCUCCGGACACCCACUGAGCUAGAGGCCCUGAGGGCGGCCGUGCUGGGGACCGAGGCGAAGCAAGAGGCCACCCGGACCAAGGCAGGCAAGCACGACCGUUUCCUCAUCGUCUCCCUUGGAGAUGCUGUGCUGGAGAAGCCUGCGGGCGGGGCAGCGCGGCUGGAGGAGCUGGGAGGCUCCGUGUGCCAAGAGGAGUUGAGGGAGUCCUCGCCUUCCCGAUCUUCCUUCACAUCUCCUCCAGGGUAUCUGCAGUUCCCGCCGUCGGGAACGCCCAUCGAGCCAUCUCCCCUGCCCACCUUCUGUACUUUCUUCCAGGCCCAGUCCUCGUGCCCUCUUCCGGGAAGCCGGCCCCCUCUCCCAGGCUUCUCCGUUGCCCGGUCAACGGACAAGUCUGCCUCCACCAUCAGUCUGUGGUCUCCUGGCCUGGGUUUAGGCCCGGUUCAUCCCCGGGGCCCCGGCACUGAGCUCGGGGCCGGCCCACAGGUGGACCCCGUGCCUCACGAUGCCCCCAAGCCGCCCGGCUACACCCGCUUUGUCUGUGUGUCUGACACCCACUCGAGGACGGACCCCAUCCAGAUGCCUUACGGCGACGUGCUCAUCCACGCCGGGGACUUCACGGAGCUGGGGCUCCCGAGCGAGGUGAAGAAGUUCAACGAGUGGCUCGGGAGCCUGCCCUACGAGUACAAGAUCGUGAUUGCUGGCAACCACGAGCUGACCUUUGACCAGGAGUUCAUGGCUGACCUCAUCAAGCAGGACUUCUACUACUUCCCGUCCGUGUCGAAGCUGAAGCCAGAGAACUACGAGAACGUGCAGUCCCUCCUGACCAACUGCAUCUACCUGCAGGACUCGGAGGUCACCGUGCGGGGCUUCCGGAUCUACGGCUCCCCGUGGCAGCCCUGGUUUUACGGCUGGGGCUUUAACCUCCCGCGAGGCCAAGCGCUGCUUGAGAAAUGGAACCUCAUUCCCGAAGGCGUAGACAUCCUGAUAACCCACGGACCACCACUGGGGUACGGUGUCAUGGCAGAUGGGACAACGACCUAUGUGAACGCGUCUGUGUGCACCGUGAACUACCAGCCCGUGAACCCGCCCAUAGUCAUUGACCUCCCCACACCCCGGAACUCCUGA